AUCAAUUGCCCUAGAUCAGAUUCUGACCCAUGAUGACCACAUGUGUUACAGAGUAGAAUUGUUUCACAGGGUGUUCUUGAUUGUAAUCUUUACAGAAGCAGAUCACUAGGCCUUUCUUCCAUAGAUCCUCUCUAUGGCCACCACCGACUUUUUGCUGAGCUGUGUCGUCAUGCCCUUCAGUAUGAUCAGGUCCAUUGAGUCCUGCUGGUACUUUGGAGACCUCUUUUGCAAAGUCCACAGCUGUUGCGACAUCAUGCUCUGCACCACCUCCAUUUUUCAUCUCUGCUUCAUCUCAGUUGACAGCUACUAUGCUGUUUGUGACCCAUUGCAUUAUGUCACCAAAAUUACCAUCCCUGUCAUAGUGGUCUUUCUAUUUAUCAGUUGGUCCUUCCCAAUCUUUUUUGCUUUUGACCUGGUAUUCUCAGAAUUAAACGUAAUUGGUGCAGAAGAUUUUGUUGCAGCCAAAGACUGCACAGGUUUGUGUGUGCUGAUAUUUAACAAGCUCUGGGGCAUGCUGGCCUACUUUGUAGCAUUCUUUCUCCCUGGCAUAGUAAUGGUAGGCAUUUACGUACACAUUUUCACAGUAGCCAGGAAGCAUGCUCAGCAUAUUGGCAUGGGUCCUAAGAUGAAUCAGCCUGGGUCAGAAAGCAAAAUAAAGACCUCAUCCAAAAAAGAAAGCAAGGCCACCAAGACAGAACUAGUGGAGAGGUUUAUGGUCACUGUUGCCUCUGAAUAGCUACUGCCUCUCAGGGUCCUUAGCCAGAGAUCUGGUGGUAAAUCUGUGGCCACUGUGGGUCAGUAGUGCCAUUGCCAGGAGGAAGAGCCUGGCGCAGGGAAGAAAAGGAUGAAACCAAGCUGGAACC